GUUCCCCAGGAGCUCUUCCGGAAGGUGGUGCCCUCUCAGUGCCUGGGCUCCACCUGGGGCAAGAGGAACAAGCCCAGCAAUGAGCACCUGGCACACACCGUCCGGGCCACCAUCGACCACUUCAGAAGGGUGGCCAGCCUCGUCGUCACCACCUGCCUCGGGGACCCGAGCAUGAUGGCCCAGGACAGGGAGUGCAAGAUCCUGAAGAACUUCUCCUCGCCCUGCACUGUCAUCUCUGUUCUGCAGAAAACAUCCAUAUGCCACCUGAAGAACACAUGGGGGAAGUUUCCUGGAGGGGCCUUCCACGUUUGCCCCCCGGAAAUCAACCCCCAGAGGGUGCAGGAGAAGGAGCAGCAGCAGCAGCAGCUACAGCCUGUCCUGCCUGCUGGAUCCCCAGAUCUAGUUGGCCAGCAGAAUAUUCAAGGCCAAGAAGAGCCGGCCAUCAUCAAGUUCAGGGCCCCCAGGCCCCAAUACCGAGCCCCAUACCAGUGGCCGAUCACAGCCUCAUCCUCAGUAGCCGGGACACAGCUGGGAAGCUUGCGAUGCACCGGGCCAGCUCCUCCCACCUGACAGGAAGGGGAGCAUUGUAAGCUGAUUCCUGGAGUCCCCUGAAG